UACGUAUUGACACGCGCGCAGAAGUAGCCGCGUCUAGUGUAGUGAACAUGCAGUGUAUGUGAUAGAACAGCCCGAGGAAACAUGAGGCUGUCACUGCAUUUGGCAGUGGUACUCCUGGCGGUAUACCAUACCUGCCAGGCAGACCGCGCCGUUAGAGCCAUAGCCAGCUUCCCCAAUCAAAACUACGCCGUGCUAGGUGCGCGGAUAGACGCUGAUUUAAACGAAGAUGGAUACUUCUACCCAAAACCGAAAAUUCCAUUCCCGCCACCACCGCCACCAGCGCCGCCGACGCUGCCCCCACGGCCACCUCCGCCGCCGCCAACCAGGCCUCCGCCUCCGCCGCCACCACCGCCAACUCGUCCCCCGCCGCCACCACCCUCAACUGGAUACACUUACCAAGCGCCAACGCAACGUCCCACACCGCCGCCAACUCGCCCUCCACCACCGCCAACUCUAGCGCCAAAAACGAACGGUUACGUGUAUGAAACGCCACGUAUCCCGUUUCCACCACAAACUAGGGCGCCACCACCCCCACCGCCGCCUCCCACACGACCACCACCAACUAGACCGCCACCUCCACCGCCUACAACAAGGGCACCUACCUAUUCAACAAUUAUAAAUACUUACAGAACUACUGGUUAUAAUUAUCCUACGCCUAAUGUGCCGUUGACUUACCCAACACCGAGACCAGUAACUAGUACAACUAUACUGCCAAGUUAUAGAACUACUCAAACUACGCCAAGACCCACACCACCUCCUACUAGACCACCAACAUAUAGAACUACUGGUUACACAUACCCUACGCCCAGACCAACGCCAAGACCUACUCCACCCCCAACUCGAGUACCAGUUUCAACAGGCUAUACUUACACAACUCCUAGAAUACCAUUUACAUAUCCAACAUCGACAACAUUACGGCCCAUAUAUAGUACAACCACAACGCCAAGACCCACACCACCUCCUACCAGACCACCAACAUAUAGAACUACUGGUUACACUUACCCUACACCGAGACCAACGCCAAGGCCAACUCCACCCCCAACUCGACCACCAACGGUGAGAACUACUGCUUACACUUACACAACACCUCGAGUACCAUUUACAACUGGUUAUACUUAUACUACUCCUCGAGUGACAUUUACAUACCCACCAAGCACUACAACAAGGCGACCACCACCACCACCACCACCACCCACUAGGCCUCCACCGCCACCACCACCACGUACACCGCCUACUUAUUUACCUCCACCACCACCAACUCGACCACCUACUAGGCCUCCACCUCCGCCGCCUCCACCACCAACUAGACCUCCAACUAGGCCACCGCCUCCUCCUCCACCUCCACCGCCACGCACACCACCAACAUACUUACCACCUCCGCCACCAACUAGACCUCCAACUAGACCACCACCACCUCCUCCACCUCCACCAACUAGACCUCCAACUAGGCCACCACCACCUCCACCUCCACCACCACGCACACCACCAACAUACUUACCACCUCCACCGCCAACUAGACCUCCAACAAGGCCACCACCUCCUCCUCCACCUCCACCGCCACGUACACCGCCCACUUAUUUACCACCACCGCCACCAACUAGACCUCCAACUAGACCACCACCACCUCCUCCACCUCCACCAACUAGACCUCCAACUAGGCCACCACCACCUCCACCUCCACCACCACGCACACCACCAACAUACUUACCACCUCCACCGCCAACUAGACCUCCAACGAGGCCGCCGCCACCACCUCCACCUCCACCGCCACGUACUCCAGCAACAUAUUUACCACCUCCCCCACCAACUCGACCUCCAACUAGACCACCGCCGCCGCCGCCACCUCCACCACCAAGAACACCAGCAACCUACUUACCUCCACCACCCCCAACUAGACCUCCAACUAGGCCACCACCACCACCACCUCCACCACCCCCAACUAGACCUCCAACAAGGCCACCACCACCACCUCCACCUCCACCACCAAGAACACCAGCAACCUACUUACCGCCUCCACCCCCAACUAGACCACCACCGCCACCAACGCGACCACCAACCAGGCCACCUCCACCACCACCUCCGCCGCCACCACGAACCCCAGCAACUUAUUUACCACCACCACCACCAACACGCCCGCCAACUAGGCCGCCUCCACCGCCCCCACCACCACCAACUAGACCACCAACCAGGCCACCACCACCACCUCCACCACCACCACCACGUACGCCUCCUCCACGGCCAAGAACACCACCAACUCCACCAAGAACUCCACCGCCACCACCACGAACGCCUCCUACAUAUACCACCUUAGUGCCAGCAACCAGAACAACGGGUUACAAUUAUCCUCCGCCGAGUAUACCAUUCACUUUGCCAACAACGAGGCGUCCACCACCCCCUACAACCAGACCACCACCAGUAUACAUACCUCCUAGUACUACUAGACCACCACCAGUGUAUGUCCCACCACCAACGACCAGACCACCACCACCUCGACAACCACCUACAUAUUCCACUAACCUACCCGCAACUAUAAAAACAGGUUACACCUACUCAACGCCUAGUACACCAUUUUCACUACCAACAACAAGAAGAACACCCCCACCGACGACUAGGCCUCCACCAGUGUACAUUCCCCCCAGUACAACACCGCCACCAGUAUAUAUACCUCCACGGACAACGAGACCACCCCCAGUAUACAUACCUCCUUCAACAGUCAAAAUCCCAGUAUACCAGCCCCCUACAACUCGGCCACCCUUCGUAGCUGACCAAGGAUAUUUCUACGAUCGACCACAAAUACCUUUUGUAUAUUAAGUUAGUAUAAAUGUUAAGUACAAUUCAUUGUGUUGCCAUAAUUGUGAUACCAAACUGUGUACUUAUUAUGUACAGAAGUCGCUGUCUUUAUUAUUAAAUUUGUUGGAUUAAGUUUAACAAAUUGUAAUAUGUUUAUUUACAUUAUAUGUGUUUUUUGUUAUUAGAUUUUUUUUGUUCUCAUGUUACCGCGAUUUCAGUGAUAUUAUAUAUUUUAUUAUUAAUGUUACAAUGUGAAAAUACUCAAAAAACGAGACUACGAGACGACACUGCCUUAACUAAUACUGUAUGUUUAAGAUUGUAAAAUAUAUUUUUUUUUAUAAAUAAAAAUAUUUAAAUGUG